AUGCCGGAGCUGGACGACUACAGCGCCGCCAACGGUGGAACGGAGAUUAAUGGCCGUUCGGAUAGUUUAAAAGCCGAGGAGGCAAACGCCUUGCGGGAAUGGAACCCUACGAAGCUUCUGAGGGCCCUUUAUGAGGUAUUUUCGACCAAAAGUGAGUAAAACGAUAAUUUUUCAGGUUUCCUACGAGCCAAGAGUAGAAACCAAACGCAAUCGCUUUAUUAAUAUCGAAGGACAUGUUGAGGUAAUAUUUGUAUUUUUGAAGCUUUCAAUAGGGACUUUGCAAUUUUAUGCACUACCUCUGACUUCCCAAAACUUUAAUGCCGCGUUUAAAGUAAUAAAACUACACGCGGAGAAAUUGUUUUUCCUGUUUACAGCCACGAGCCGAAAUUAUGCGCGCCGAUAUUCGUUGGCAACAUUCCAACACAGUUUUUUUCUUUUUUUUUUUUUCUUCUUUUUUUACAUAAUUUUUUUUCUUUUUUUCAAUUUUUCAACCCGUUCAAAGCUAUUGAUUUUAGAAAUAGUACGAAUGAAAACCUUUAGUUAAUUUUUCGACUGUUUGAACUUGAAAAAAGUUCAAUUUUUGGUGGUAUGAAAAAAACACCAGCGAAAAUUCAAACGGCGACUUUUCCGAUUUUUUCGUAUCGCUACAGAACUUUCCGACGGCCACCUUUCCGACGAAUCCUUUCCGACUCUUUUUCUCGAUAAACUUUUCGUUUUAAAUCUCCCUAUAUAAAGUAGGUAGUUGGUUAAUGAUUAAAACACAAAGAAAAAAACAAUGUUUAUAGAUGUUUUAUAAACCGAAAAACUUAAGGGAAAAAAGUCGGAAAUGGAUCCGUCGGAAAUGGAUCCGUCGGAAAGGUGGCCGUCGGAAAGUUCCCUAGCGAUAUGAAAAAAUCGGAAAAGUCGCCGUUUGAAUUUUCGCUGGUGGUUUUUUCAUACCACCCAAUUUUUCUCAAAUUUCGUAUUUAUCGUGUUUAUUUUUUUUUUUCCAACGGAUGUAUCGGAGUGUUUGAAGUUGCAGGUCUCUAAACUAUGGCGGGUAUUGGAUUACCGAAAGUGUUAAAUUUGAAAAAAAGGUUAAUUUUUGUUCAAAAAAAAUUUCUAAUUUCUUUUUACAAUCUUUGAUUUUGUUCACAAAAAAAUUCAGAUUCGUCAGGGAAAGACGGGCGGCUCGUGUGAAGGUAGCGCGUAAUUUUCGACGCCACGGGCAAUAAGAAAUUUGUUUAUUUUUUUCCUAUAGAUCUCUUAAUAACUAGUUAAUUUAAUUCAGAAAAAAAGUAUUGAAUUUUUUUUCAGCUCAUUCGAACAAGACGUUGUGGUCAGCCGGAUAAAUUUGCAAUUUAUCAUGUCUCGAUUGUGUCAAAUUCACAGCUUUUUAAAUUCUCCUUUGUUUCAAUGAUUUUGUUUUUGUUUUAUUACGCAUUUAUUUCCUCCAUCUUUUUAUUUGAAUAAAGAUGAUGAGCAUCAAUUUCUUGAGGAAUAAAUGUAAAAAAACAAAGCUGCUUAGUUAAUCAAAUUCAAAACCUAAUAACAGAAACUGUUUUUUUGUCAAAUUUCUCUGAAAUGCAGAAGAAAACAAUGAAUUUUUUUUAUUAGAAAAAGUUCCAUAAAGAGAGAUCCAAGUUUCCCGUGUAGUCUUUCGGCGUGUCCUCCGUAAACCGAUCGUCUAGGCCUGAAAGAAGAAAAAAAUUUUUCCAAAAAAGAAAGGCUAAUUGAACCUUGGUAUUAAUUUUUUUCGUGUAAAACUGAACAGACAAGACAUAUUGAAAAAUGAAAGAAAAAUAAUAUCGAAGAACAAGAAAAACUCACGAAUUUAUGCUUGACUGUAGAGACGAACAUUUUGCGUUACCUUCACACGAGCCGCCCGUCUUUCCCUGACGAAUCUGAAUUUUUUUUGUGAACAAAAAUCAAAGAUUGUAAAAAGAAAUUAGAAAAAUUUUUUUUGAACAAAAAAAUUAACCUUUUUUUCAAAUUUAACACUUUCGGUAAUCCAAUACCCGCCAUAGUUUAGAGACCUGCAACUUCAAACACUCCGAUACAUCCGUUGGAUAAACACGAUAAAUACGAAAUUUGAGAAAAAAAUUGAACUUUUUUUCAAGUUCAAACAGUCGAAAAAAAUUAACUAAAGGUUUUUCAUUCGUACUAUUUCUAAAAAUCAGUAGCUUUGAACGGGUUGAAAAUUGAAAUUAUGUAAAAAAAGAAGAAAAAGAAAAGAAAACUGUGUUGGAAUGUUGCCAACGAAUAUCGGCGCGCAUAAUUUCGGCUCGUGGCUGUAAACAGGAGAAACAAUUUCUCCGCGUGUAGUUUUAUUACUUUAAACGCGGCAUAAAUUUCGCUUUGAACACUACAUUAUUUUGUGGCGUGAAAAAAAAAAACUGAAAAUCGCUCAAAAACGUAAAAAAGGGGGGAAAUACAAAAUUUUGUACGUUGGAGCAACUUUGGCGCUCCAAUGAACACUUUUUUGAACUUUGAAAAUUUUCCCAUUUUCAUUUCAUUUCCAGGUUCCUUCUGAUGAAACGAAUAAUGCGGAAGAAUUGGAACGCGAAUGGCGCCAAGAAUAUGUUCGAACCAAAGAGGGACGGCUCCAAAUUUUUGCCGUAAUUUUCAAAAAAUAAUUCAGAUUUUAUUUAUUCCAUUCAGACACAUUACGCUGGCGAGGCUCCGGUUCGGGAAAUAAUUCUUUCUGGAGCUGACGUCGAUGCGAAUCGGGAAGAACGAACUUUCAAUAUUCAUGGAGGCCGAGAACACAUUAAAUACUUCAUUCGGUUAGUUUCAAAUUUAAAAAAAUGAUUUUAUUGUCGUUUUCAGUGUCCCUUCGAAUGUUUUCGACAAAUGGCGUCAAGCUUUACUCUCUCAUUGUGCUUCUUCGCAAAUUGACGCCUAUGUCAAGCCUUUCCCCGGAGCUUUUAGGCAUCUUACAGAGGUUUUGAUGAAAAUGAUUAUUGGAAGUUUCGAUGUCAUCCGUUAUUUUCAUCGAUUCCGGGAAAAAAUAUUCGGAAAAUAAAGAGUGCAAAAUAAGAAAAAUUCCGUUAGAGAGAAAUUGCAACCCUUUCGCUCCGCGGUACUUUAGGCGAGCCUUUUUAGCGGAAUUUUCAAUUUUUUCUUGUUUCUUUUGUUUAUUUUUUCUGUUUGUUCUUGUGUGUUCAAAUUGCACGGAAAAUUAUUAAGAUACUCAUUUUUCUGAACGUUUCUUUUAAAAAGGUCCACCAAUUGGCUCAUUUUCACUUCAAUUAGAAUGCUUUUAUUCAUUUUCCAACAAAAAAUGUUCAUUUGAUUAUCCGGAAUCACUUUUCUAGUGCACUUUUGUACAGAAAAUCGCAACUAUCUCGGGAAAAAUUAUUGAAAAAAAUGAAUUUUUUUGGAUAUGAUGUGAAUUUUUUUCCGGCCAUUGUUUCGCUGUUUUUUUGAAAAAGAUACUAGAAUUUUUUUCAAUUUGGAAUACGAUUUUUCAUUUUAAUAAUAAUAGUUUAUUCAUUGCCAUAAAAAAACUUUAGGUAGUAUAGAAAAAAAUUAUAAGUGAUCAAUUUUGAACGGAAAUCGGAUAAGUUUUAAAAAAUCCUGAAAAUAAACUUUCGGCGGUACUCGAAUUUAUUAGAAAAUGGAUUUUUCUUCAGAUUUUUUUAUGCUAUUUUCCAUUUGGCGUUUUUUUAAAAAAAGAACUUGAAAAAAAGCUGGAGAAAAAAAUUGAAAACUUUCAAAAAAACGUGAUUUUUUUCAGCGAGUUUUGAUCCUGGAACUCGGAUCCUGUUCGAUUCGAGCCGGUGUUCUGACAACUGAACCCUCAUUACCACAAGUUUUCUUCCCGGCGAUCGCGAUUCGGAAAGAAAAUGGGGAAAUUGUCGUCGGCGAGGAUGCUUACCUACCUGAGGUUAUAUUUUUUUUCAUAAACUAUCUAAAUAUAACUGUUUUUUCCACUUUAGAUCCGGCACCAAGGCGAUUUCGUCAAACCAAUCGAGGCCCAUGAUCCUUCCGUUGAACGGUAUACCAUUGAUAAGGAGGUUUUUCUUCAAUCUCCUUGAUAAAAUUAUUAAAAAAUUGAUUUUCUAGGUCCUAAAAGCCUGUAUCGGUAAAGUGGUGAAAGACCUCAAGAUCGACCCGAAAAUGUACAGGGUUUGUUUCGAAAAAAUGUCUUUAUUGAAAAAAUGAAUUUUUAGAUAUUUACUGUCGAUUCCGCACAAUAUUCCCACAGCACUGAUUGGUGAGCUGCUGGGAAUUUGUUUGAAUGAAGUAAAAUUUCAGGUGAAUUUUUUUGUUCUCUAAACAUAUUUUAAUGGAAAUAUUCGAAGCUUGAAGUGGAAUUUUGUAUUUUAAAAGAGUAGAAAGCCUAAAAAAAAAAUCAAAUUUUUCAAGCUUCACUCGAUAAAAUCGUCAUUUUUAGAGUUUUAAAAGAAAUUUUUGAACUGGAUUACUUAUUUUAUGGCUCUCCAUAGGUUCAGAAAUAAAUUGACUAACGAAAUUAUGGUUGGAAAAUUUUCUAACAGACGUGUUUCUACUAGAAAACAGGAUUUUUCACCAUUUCAUCAUUUUUUAGCCUCUAAAGAACUGUUAUCGAUUAAAAUUAAGAUUAAUUUUAUUCACUGAGAAUUUAAUUCACAACUUUUCGAGUUUUGCCAGAUUUUCCAAGAAUAUUUCGCCUUUUUUUCGGAUGAUAAAAAGGAAUUUUCGAGCUGGAUUACUUAUUUUUAUGGCUCUCAAUAGGUUUAGAAAUAAAUUGACUACUGAGAUUUUGGUUGGAAAAAUUUUUCCAACAGACAUAUUCUUACUAAAUACCUGAGUUUUUUUCAGAAUUUUCUCAUAUUUUUUUAGCCUGAAAAACGGCUAUUUUCAAUUUUUUUAAUAAAUGUUAAAUUUAUUGAUUGAAAAAUUUCCUGUACAGCGUGUUCAAUUUUGCUAGAUUUCUUGCUCUUCUAUUGAGGUUUUUCAUCAUUUUUCCGAGUUACAGAAUAAACUAGAUUUUGAUAGAUCUAUGGAUUUCCGAGAUUUAAGUUGGAAAUUUUUCGUAACAGUCGUUUUUCCUACAAGAAAACUGAUUUUUUUGAAAUCGUUUUUUUGCAUAUUUUUUUAGCCUGAAAUUGGCUAUUUUCGAUCCUAAGAAAAAUUAAAUGUAUCGAUUGAAAAAAUUCACGUUCAAGUUUUUAAGGAUCAUUUUGAAUAUCUGUACUAAAUCAAGCUGAUUUGCAAUUUUUUUCCUGAAUUUUAUCAGUCAAAUUCAAAUUUUCCAGGCCGCCGCCAUCACCCGUCAUCCCUCACUGAUUCUCUACGCCUAUGACGUCACGACUGGUGUCGUCAUCGAUAUUGGAGAUCGACUUCACAUUGUUCCAGUCAUUGAUGGUCAAUAUUUGAAUGAUAACGGGAAAACUUGAGAAAAUGAAAGAAUACAGUGCUUUGUUACCCUAAAAAUGUCUAUUUUUUGGAAUUGUGAUCGGGAAAAUUCUUCAAAAUGAGAAAAAUAAGUGUCAGCAACAAUUAUGGCGUUCUUAUGAACUCAUUUUUAUUCAAAAAUUUGAAUUUCGCGUCUUUUUCUGGGGAAAAAUCAUCUUUUUUGAAGCUUUUGUUUCUAGUUUGCUCAAUGGAAAACUUAUGCUGAGAGGUUUAAAGGCGCAUGAAGGUCUCAGAGUGAAAAAUAUAUUUCAGUGAUUUUCAAGGUUGUUCAAGGCUUUUGCUCCUUUAAAAACUUUUAAAAAGUAUUUUAAAUUUCAAUAUGCGAAUUUUUAGCUUUCUGAAGCAUAGAUCGCCCAUUUAAUAAAGUUAUUUCCGAUGAAAAGAUCCUCAUUUCUUCAAAAUUUCUUUUUACUGAAUAUCAAAUUUAUAUGGCUCUAGUCCUUAUAAGGGAAAAACUAUCCUGUUUUUCUUGAAAACCAUCCAAAAUUUCUUCCAGGAUACGUCGUUGAAUCGGCUAUUUGCUCGAUUCCCUACGGCGCCACCCAAGUUCGGGAAUCCCUCCGAACUUCCCUCAUCGCCAAUAAUAAAGGCCUCUAUGGGUUCCAAAGUCCCGUCGAGAAGCUCAUUUUGCGAUACGUUCUUGAACAGGUUGGAAUUUCGCGGGAUUAUUUAUAGUUAUAAUUUUUUUAAAAGCCUAAUAAAUUUCAAUUUUUUUGAAACUAAGUGUCCUUUGAAGAAGAAAAAUGCGUGACGCCUGACCUUGUUUUUUUGGAAAUUGAAAGCCCAAAAAUAAUUUUUUUGUCGAAAAGUUGAAAGAUAGAAAUUCGAAAAAAAUGACGAAAUUCGGUCUUUUUGAAUUUUUGCCAAGUUUUUUUGAUGUCUUUUUUUUCUCACUAUCAGUUCGUUAAAAAUUAUCAGCGAAUGAAGUGAAUUUUAAUCAUUCAAAACCUUUUCGGAUGGGUAAAAUUGGCUCUACUUCUUGGGUUCAAUUUUUAAAAAGCUGGAUUUUUUUUUUGUAAAAUUUCAAUCAAUUUAUUUUUCAGACUUUUUUUUAGCCUUAUAAAAAGAUAACUGAGUUUUUUUCCAGACAAGUUACGUCCCUGAAGACUACGCUAGAGAAGAAAAGAACGAAAGUCGUCAUGUGAAAGUUUCCUUGGACGAUUUCGACCCGACGCCCGGCAUGCAAACGAAAUUUGAUGUCAGUUUUUUGAAAAUUGUAUCACUUAAAGAUUCAAAAAUAAUUACAGAUCGAUACGUCGCGAUUCAUGUGCACUGAGGGACUUUUCCGACCGAAAAAGUGGGGAAUCGACGCGAAAGGACUUCAUCAAUUGAUUCAUGAAGCCGUUCUUCAGAGCCCGAUCGAUAGUAGGAGAACGCUUUAUCGGUUGGUUUUUAUGGAAGAAGUGAAAAUAGGGAAUUCAAAGUUUUUAUUUCGUUGGAAAGGCCCUUUAGAAGGUGUUUAGAAGGAGUUUGGUAUUAAAAUUCGAGAAUCUGUAGAUCUUUCGAAAUGCAGCAUUUUUAAAGACUUUUCAUCCUUAAAAUUGCCUCAUUUUACUUGAAAAAAUGUUCAAAAUCACCUGGGAAAAACUUUGGGCACCUAAUUUUCAUUCUACAGUCAGCAAGAGUUUAGAACUUUAAAAAAAAUCAAGGAAUUAUGACUUCUCCAAUUAUUAUCCCUGAAAAUCUGAUUUUCAGGAACAUCUACCUUGCUGGUGGCGCCUCUCUAAUGCCAGGCCUUGCCGAAAAACUCGAGCAAGAACUUUCAACGAUUGUUCCGAACACAAUCCACACUCAGGUAUUUUUUCAUCCCAUUUUCAAAUCCAAUUAAAAAAUUUUCAGGUCAACAUUUCCCCCUGGCGGUACAAUGCGGCCUAUUUGGGUGCCCAGGUAUGAAAAUUCCUUAUAUCAUAUUUGAUUCUAAAAAUUAUUUUCAGAUCGUCGCGUCUGCUUCGACUUUCUCGGACAGUUGCGUCACUUCCGAACAACUGCCCAAGUUCCUGGCCCAACUUCAAUCUUUUUAA